AUGGGAGCAACUGUUUGUAAAUAAAGGCUAGAAAAUUAUGGACAAGAAGUAAUUUAAGAUUCAAAUGAUGUUUAAAUUAAUAAUAUUACUUUUGCAAAAGAAUAAUCAUCUAAAUUAGAGCGUUCAAAUCUUAAACAUCCUAGUUUAAAGAAGAAAAUAAUUACAUAGAUUACAGAAAAACUUCCUGAUGAUCCUAUAAGUAUAGUCAAUUCAAUAUUAUUAUUCUUAGAUUUAAGCAACAAUUAAUCAAGUAUUUUCUUAGAAGAAAGAUAAGAACCUACUACUCCUGCACUUCCAGCUUAGUAAAUAAUUCAUUACAACCUAGUGAUAUUGUAAAUUAGAAUGGAGAAACAUAACAUUUCUAGAAUAUUUAAUUAUUAAAAGAGGUUGUAUAAUCAGUAAAAAUGAACUCAACAUAAAAAUUAGUAACAUCUUAAUAAGAAGAAGUGCUUUAAUGUAUAAAUAAAUUCUGAAAUUUAGAUUAGAGUUUAAAGAAUAAACUUCACAAUAUUCAAAAUCCUGUAAAGUAGAUAAAAGAUAAAAACUACUAAACAUGAAUUUAGUUGAGGAUAAUGUAAAUAAUAUUUAAAUUAUCAAAGUUCGAUGAUUAUAUUUACUAUGAUUGGAAGAAUACAAACUUUCAAUUAAUUAGUAUAAAUGAUUAAAAUUUAUUGAAGAAAGUAAGUUCAGCUAAACCUAUGUCUAAAUAAGUUAAAAAAAAUUUGUGA